GGCCACGCCCCCUUACGGGUCUCGUAGAGCCGGAGAAACAACACAGCCCCGGAAGUGACGUACCACGCGGAGCCGGAAGUGGGUCCUGCCGCAGCCGGAGACGACCGAAAUGUCGAAAGUCACGUUUAAAGUCACGCUCACCUCCGACCCGCGGCUGCCUUACAAAGUACUAAGCGUGCCUGAAAUCACACCGUUCACGGCUGUCUUGAAAUUUGCUGCGGAAGAAUUCAAAGUCCCGGCAGCAACAAGUGCCAUCAUAACAAAUGAUGGAAUAGGAAUAAAUCCUGCACAGACAGCUGGAAAUGUUUUCUUGAAGCAUGGUUCAGAAUUGCGGCUUAUUCCCAGAGAUCGCGUUGGAGAGUGGUGACAGGCUUGAGAUUCAUUCUCAACUGGGCCAUAAACAGCAGAUAAAGGGGCUAUCGAGAGUAUCUAAUUUAACCCAGCUUCCCUUGCCAUCAAUCAGAGCAGCCUGCAUUUCUCUGUGAAACCAUGAUGUCUACAGCAAGCUCUUAUCAAGAAAAGGAUCACCUUGGAGAGACUCUCCUCCUUAAGAACUUCUAAAUGGCGUCCUGUGCUACAUUCCGGAAAUAUUUAUUCAUUUGAAGGCUUGGAGGGGCUCAGUUGUAUCUGUGUUGAUUCUUUGUCAGUCUGUGCUGGUUCAGAAUGAUGAUAUUGUAUAUUUUCCAGAUGGCAUGGAUUGUGUGAAGAAAUGUGUCUCAUCAGAGGGGUAAAUUAUUAUUUUUGUUCUAUAUGGCCAAUUGGUACAAAACUUUUAAGGAUACACUGAAGGACGGGGAAAGUUGUAGUGAUUACAGAAAUGGCAUUUCUGGGAAUGAAAACUAUUUUGUGGCAAGUUAAUUUCAACCCACUGUCGGUCUCCAAGCUUUUGUUUGGGACGUUCGUUCCUUCCCUCAAAACAUACCAAGUUGCAAGUAAAGUCUAGCAAAAGAUGGCAACAAAGGAUUCGGUCUAAAUACAUGUGGUUUUUGUCUGCUGUAACCAUCACUGUAUAAUGUAUCUGUUUUCUUAAACAGAAUAAAAUGUUCAUUGCCGCCAAA